AUGUCAGAACAAGGCUGUCGCGCUGUGAAGGCUUGGAGUACCGUAGCGUCCCUCCUGGUCGUAGCAACCUUUGGGAUCGGUGAUGCGCCCAUUGGCUUCCCGUAUCUUUUAUCUCGCGCGGAAGAGUACCAACCACCACGGAGGCAUUGGAAAGAGUUCGUAAUCGAGGACGCUGCGAAGGACAUCGAAGAACUUGACGUUGGAGAUAUCAACGAUGACCAGAUAGAUCUUCCUCCAGAUUUCCCGCGAAGUGCGUCUCCAGGAGACUCUUUUCCAAUUGACAUGAAGGAUGAUGGCGACUGGGCACAGGCGCGAGGCACCCACUUCGGUGAACACCUGCUCAUCGUCAACCUUAGGCUAGAUGGCGAAUACAAAAUAUAUGGGGAACCUGACUUCACGGGGGCCGUUCUGAGUAAAUGGGUGGCUAUGCUGAAGAAUGCAAACGCGGACGUUCGUGUGUAUUCGGUAGAGUCGGCCCGAGCGAUUAUCAAUCUACGAAAUACCGCCCACAUUGGGAUUGUGCGGCGUUUCCUUGCACAGCAGCCUGACGUGGACUACUGGACUAUCGACGGAAACCGCUUUUUUCCACCGGGGCGCUCCGAGCCCUAUUUGACGGAAGCCGAACGCGCAAAGCGGAUUAAGGCAAUGUUCGAAGGCGACCCUUUAUUUGAUAAAGAGAGGAGAGAAGAGCUGUAA